GUCUCGUGGAGUGCACGUGAUUUUAUUACUUUCAUGUAAUCAGGGUUUACGCGGUGACUUAACAGUUAGCGUUCUGACCCCAGAUCAAGCGGUCCUUGUUUGAGCCUUGGCCUGGGUCAUUGCGUCGUGCUGUUUAACACGACGGUGUAUUAACGCUUUAUUUCAUCGCCGAGCUGGAUAAAUAAGCGCAGCAACUCGACGAAUUGUCUCUGGGUUACCUGCGAUGGACUAGGAUUCCGUCCAGAUUAAAGGAAUGAAACCUACAGGGUUAAGUGCCUGCCCAGCAUUUAUGGCCACUUAACUCCUCAAAUCCACUGAAGUAGAACAAUUACGCUUUAACACUGUUAUUUAUCUUAUGACCGUCCAUAGUAUCACUUGGUUUUGGUAAUAUGCGCAUCCAAGGAGUUGGAACUAUAAGAGGUGACCACACAUCUUUAGACAUACACCUUGAACUGACAAGGAUGAAUGACUCCCAACCAUCAGCAUUGAGUGUACCAACGCCAACUACACCAGCUUCAGAAAAAUCUACUGAACAAGUCACAGGACCAGCUAUUGCAAAGUACCAACAAGAUGUACCUUCCUUUGGAGACGAAACCGCUGAAGAAUUUCUCAAGUCAGCCCUGGAUUCCCAUAACAAAUUUCGUGCCAUACACAACUCGCCGCCUCUAAAGCUCAACAUGAAUAUGUCCAAGGAAGCUGAGGAGUUUGCAAAGAAGCUCUUUGAGAGGGGUACCAGGAACCAACCCAUGGUUCAUGAAGACCAGCUUGUCCUUCAGAGAGAACAUGAAGGUGAAAACCUGGCCGCGGGAGGAGGCCGUUUGGGAGGGCUGACGGCAUAUGGUGCAGUUAAAAACUGGUAUAACGAGGUUUGCGCUUAUAGCUGGGGGAUAGGAGGCUAUGAGCCGCAGACAGCUCAUUUCAUGCAAGUCAUCUGGAAGGGUAGCACAGAGCUCGGAAUUGGCAAGGCGGAAGGAAAGAAAAACGGCCGUCGUUACACUUAUAUUGUGGCGCGUUACAGGCCAGCGAUUUCUUUCGACACUUUGAAUAACGUGUUUGAGGGAAAGUUUAAUCCAUCUUAUUGUGGACAUAAACCCGCGUCUUCAUUAUCAGACUCAGAUCAAAACAAACCUACCUUAAAAGUAAGGAGAAAUCCUACUAAGAAAUUGUCAAAACAGCCCAGUUUUUCCCCAAAUGGGCCUUCGAAGUUUCGACCACGGUUAGGACAAACGUUAACAAAGCAACCCAUCGGGAGGCUCAGUGGGAAGGAAAUGAGAAACCCGGCGAACAACACUAGGUCCAAAGAUGCCAAAUAUGGAAAAGCCAAUGUGAAGACAACACAUAGAUAUCCUCACGGACAAGGUUAUCGAAACGAUAAACUAAGCUAUUAUGCUGGAAACUCCUGGGGUGCUAAUCAAGAGUCCCGAAUGCCCACACCAUCGUCAGAUUAUUACCCGAAGCAAGCCGAAGUUUUAGAAGAGUUUGUUGAGGGAGACGACCCGGCUGAAAAAGCAAACUAUGAACAGGCUGCAAAUACCGAUGAAUAUGAUGAAAAUGGAGAGAACGGAGGGUUUACGCAAACUCUUAUUCCGCUGAUGAACAGUGAGGAUGCAGAAAUCGACGACGACUAAUCCGAAGACGAGUUAGCAACGAAAAGUCAUGUAAUAAAACAUACAAUUUGAAAUAUGUUAUCUUAAAAAUUUUCAGAAUUGGUGGCGCAAGAACUUAAUGCAGGUUUACAGAGUUUUAUUCUUUCUGCGAGAAAAUAAGAUUCAGCCUGUUUUGAACCAUCAUCUCAACUUGCCCCAAACUUCGAAGAAGCCGAAAAAUUACGGAUAUACCAUUAAACGAUCAGAUGACAACAUUUCGUUUCGCAGUUUUUUUCUCUGUUCUCCACUUAUGAUGGUUUGCAGAAGUAACGUAAAAUGUCUUAGAGGUUGAUUACACAAGAGGAAUUUUGUUAAAAUUACAACAAUUAAAUUAUGCUUCAGUUGUUCUGUCUGACGAAUUGCGGUUUUGAAUAUGUAAUAAACAAAUUGGGCAUGAACUGUUAAGAGCCUGAUAUCAUUUUAUUCCCUGGUUUUCAAUAACAUAUCGCCCACUCGGUCGAAGACUGGUACGUUCGCGAUAUUAAAAACUCGUGAAUAAACAUGUAUUAAAGGGGUGAAAGGUUUUUAACAUUAAAUAACCUAUAUUUACCGACUAAAAGUUGACUGGGGGGAGAACAAUCGUCAUUAUCCCGGGUGAAACCUCAGGUGUAUUGUAUGGGCGUUCAGUUCCUUCACUGUAUAUGUAAACGUACCAGUGAGAAGCUGGUCAAGCUGAGCUUAGGACUUAACACGUGCUGUGUGUUAUUCUCCCAUUACAUGACUGAAUACUGCGAAAAUCACGUUUUUGUGGGAUAUGUUAUAAGCAUGGCUAGUCAACUACAAAUACUUGUAAAUGGCAUAAAUGAUUCAGCUCGGUCCAUAUUACUGGAGUUCCCAUGGCCGAGUCAACUGAGCGAAAGUGGAUAAAAAUUGGAAUAAAUUUCAUUUAAAUUCCAUGAUAAAUACUUAU